CGGUGGUGGUCAAAUAGUAGACAUAUUCGACCGGUCUAUUUCUUGUCGCUGGCAGUGCUGCGCCUCUUCUCUACUCUCCUAUGCUGGCCGCCAUAUUGAAUUUUAAUGUUAAUUUCUGGAAAUUUUUGUUUCCUCCUAUAUUUUACCGAAUGGAUUUCAUGGCUAUUCUGUACCCUUAGGACGGAGCAACUAUAUCGUAGGAGAAAGGUUAAAGAGACACGCCCGGGCCCACCCACCCCCGCUCUGCAGGGCCCCUCCAGCACAGGGACUAAAUGCUCCUGGACCAGGUGGCUUGCUGGCAUGAAGUGGCUGGGAGAAUCCAAGAACAUGGUGUUAAAUGGCAGGCGUCACAGCAGCCGGUUCUCCAGUGAUCUGUCCCUGGGUCAGACUGAGCCGCAGCACCAGCAGCGGGCCCAGCUGCGCCACAGCAAGAGCUCCCCCAGCAGCCGGAGAUGCAGUCGCCGUUUCAAUGCAGCACCCCUGGAAUCAGAGAGGCGCUAUGUCCCCUCCUCAGGAAUGACCGCCAAGGAGCUGUGUGAGAACGAUGACUUGACCACCAGCCUGAUCCUGGACCCCUACUUAGGUUUUCAAACCCACAAGAUGAACACCAGGUUUCGGCCCAUUAAGGGAAGACAGGAGGAGCUGAAGGAGGUGAUAGAGCACUUCAAGAAGCAUGACAACCUUGAGAAAGCCUUCCAAGCCCUGAUCGCCGGAGACUGGUCAAGACACUACUUUCUUCACAAAAACAAGGCCCAGGAGAAACUCUUCAAAGAGCAUGUAUUUGUUUACUUACGAAUGUUUGCCACGGACAGUGGGUUUGAGAUCCUUCCUUGUAAUCGCUAUUCUUCAGAGCAAAAUGGAGCCAAAAUCGUUGCAACAAAAGAAUGGAAGAGGAAUGAUAAGAUUGAGUACUUGGUUGGCUGCAUUGCUGAGCUGUCGGAGAGUGAGGAGAACAUGCUGUUGCGGCACGGGGAGAACGACUUCAGCGUCAUGUACUCCACCCGCAAGAACUGCGCCCAGCUGUGGCUGGGGCCCGCUGCCUUCAUCAACCACGAUUGUCGGCCAAAUUGCAAGUUCGUCUCCACCGGCCGAGACACCGCCUGUGUGAAGGUUCUUCGGGACAUUGAACCGGGGGAAGAGAUCUCCUGUUACUAUGGCGAUGGAUUCUUUGGCGAAAACAAUGAAUUCUGUGAAUGCUACACCUGUGAAAGACGAGGAACCGGUGCUUUCAAAUCGAAAGCUGGACUUCCGGUGGCGGCUCCCGUGAUUAACAGCAAGUACGGCCUGAGGGAGACGGACAAGCGGCUCAACAGGCUGAAGAAGCUGGGAGAGGGCAGCAAGAACUCGGACAGCCAGUCCGUGGGCUCCCAGACGGACGCCGACUCUCAGGAACCGCAGAACGCGCAUCCGUCUUCGAGGAGAAGGACGUCCGCCAACGUGAAAAAGUUCAGCAAAACUCGGACUCUAACCAGGCAGUCUCUCUCAAGAACUCCUACCUCUACCUCACCCUCUAAACAAAGUCAUAUGAACAAUUCCAGGGUACCAAAGAAACUAAAAUCCAAACCUACGAAGCCUUUGCUCUCGAAAGUGAAGUUGAGGAGCCGGUGCCAGGCUGUGGAGCCGAGGGGCUCCAAAGCGGACGCGAUGCGCUUGGGCCUGAAGGAGCCCAAAGUGGUGCUCUGCAAGAACGUCUCUGUGAAGAAGGACAGGGACGCUAAGGGACCAGCGCCGGCAGAGGGGGCGAGGGGCUGCCUGACACGGCACGCGGCCAAGGAGGACGGCCGUGCCUCCCCCAGGGGCUCACCGGGGGGCGCCCCGACGUGCGAGGGGGGUCUGGCUUGCUCUUACAGAACUCGGAGGUCGACCAGGAGCCUGCCAGGCGCCCAGCAGGCUGUUGGCAUUAAGGUCGAGCCCAACACGCUGGACGGCCUCGGGGCCCUGCCAGGGGGCGUGGUCAUUAAAACGGAGCCGGCGGACAUUGAGGAGUAUGUGAUGCAGCUGAAGGAGCCGGGCCUGGACAGCGGCUGCCCACAGGGGGGCGCCGGUGCACGGCGGAGGCGGCUGCCGCAGAGGACGAUAAAGCUGGAGGAGAGGGGCUCCUACGGCGAGGGCGUCGCGCCCGCCGCGGCGGACUGCGGCAAGGUGCUCCUGGGCCUCCCGGACGGGCACCGGAACUGCAAUGGGGGGUCCAACGGUGACGGGCCCCCCGGGAGGGACAGGUCAAAGGGCGGCUGCCGGGCGGCAGGCAAAGGGAAGAAGAAGCGGCGGAUCACGCGCUACGACGCGCAGCUGAUCCUGGAGAACAGCUCGGGCAUCCCCAAGCUGACGCUGCGCCGGCGGCGGGACAGCAGCAGCAGCAAGACCAACGAGCCAGGCGAGGCCGAGCUCGUCAGCUCCCCCUCCAAAAUCAGCAUCAAGUUCAGCAAGGAGCGCGACCAGGAGCGUGGGGCCAGCGCCUACGCCGCCAAGCUCAGCAACGGCAACGGCUUCGCCCCCCGCGCCCACGGCAGCGCCGCCAAGGUCAAGAUCCAGGUGAAGCGCGAGGACAACGGGCGGGGGGUCGCCCCGGUGCACCCCGGCGAGGCGGCCCCCGACAGGGGGGCAGAGGAGGGGGGCCCAGAGCGCCGAGUGAGGGGGGGCCGCCACCCAAACGGGCAAGAGGACUCUGCCUCUGAGGAGGACGAGGACGAGGACUACUUCGACGACGAGUUUGAGGACGACUUCAUUCCACUCCCGCCGGCCAAACGCCUCCGGCUCAUCGUAGGGAAAGACUCCAUAGACAUUGACAUCUCCUCCAGGAGGCGGGAGGAUCAGUCUCUGAGGCUCAACGCCUGAGCAUCGGAGCGAGGGUCAAAGCUUGACCAUAAUGUACAUAGUUAUAGCUAUCUCUUCAAUCAACUGUGGGUUGAUUUUAAAAAAAAGUAAUUGAAUUGAAACAAGCUGAGGAAAUCUAAAAAGAAGCAAAACUAUUGGAAAAAUCGAAUCGACUCACGAAUUUUAGUAAUGGCACUUCUCUAUUGUUUAUUCAUUAUGCACAUAAAUAUUGUAGAAAGUGUACAGUAUAUGAACUCCUUCUCAAGUCUGAUGUGCAGAUUUGUAUUGGACUUUUUUUGUUAGCUUCAAAAUGUGCAAUUUUGAAUUCUGUUGACUGCCUGGGCUUGUUUGUAGAAAAAAAAAAGACUAAACAAAAAAAGCCAGUAACACACUGAAUAAUUCAGUCAUUUGGAACAGUGGUUGUGCUAUUUUAGACUUCUCAGUCUUGGUGCACUGUUACCAGACAGUUAACUCCGUGGGUUCAUAAAUAGCAUAUGUAUGAGUGUAAGUGUAGUGUAUAUACAGGACAUAUAUUACAUUGCCUCAUGAUAUGUAGAGGGAAGAAGCACAAAAUAAUGUACAGAACAACUGGGUUAAUUUUCUAAAAAUGUUUUGCUCUGUUUGUCUCUCUUGAGAGUGUAAGAAGAAUCAUGAAUUAUAAUAACCCUAAGUACAAACUCCACCUUUUACCCCAGCAAUGUUAAAAUGAAAUCAUAUCGGGUUUAGUGUCUGCUGCUGGCAGCAAUAUAGCAUAAACAUACAUUAGGUGAAAUUAUGGCUUCUCAGCUGGUUCUCACUCAUUGCAAAGGUGCUCUUUCUUUGUAUAGUUCUCUGUUUAAUGUGGUUAGCUGUCAUCAUAUGAUGGCUGCCAGAUAAGUAGCUGUUCAGAAUAAUAAUUAGGAUUCCAUGACCUUUUUUUAAAUGGCUGAUUUCUUGUUUAAAAAACAAGGAUUAUUCAUGUCUGUACAAUGUGUCCACACACUAAGCUCAUUCCACAUAAUGCCUAGUGUCAUUCAGCAGCACGAUGCAGCAUUCAGGACGUCCGAGAAGGGGAAAGGAACCAACACCUGGAGUAAUGUAUAAUCCAUAAACUGGAGUUUACUGAAUUGGCCUCUUAUUUCAUUAGCACGUUUGUUUUUCCUUUAAACAAAUACGUAAAUGUCUACCCAAACAUGGACGUGCAUAGGCUUCAGUCAAAGCCAACGGCUUCCUGUGGAAACUCCACAACUGCAUCACUCAGUUCUUCUCUA